UUAUAUUUCACAUUCAGUCGUUAAUCGGAAGUGUUACGAAGAUGGCACCAAAAUUAUUUUAUACGGAGCUAAGCCCGCCUGCACGUUCAACUUUAUUAACGGCCCAAGCAAUUGGAUUAGACUUAGAUUUGAAAAAUGUCGAUCUUUCGGUUGGGGAACACAUGGCACCGGAAUAUUUAAAGAUGAAUCCCCAACACACAGUUCCCACCUUAGACGAUAACGGGUACUUCCUCUGGGAUAGUCACGCCAUCAACAUGUACCUCGUCGGCAAGUAUGCCAAAGAUGAUUCCUUAUACCCGCGGGACCCUCAAAAGCGAGGAAUCGUCGAUCAAAGACUGUUCUUCUGUGCCUCCGUUGUUCAAGCACGCUUGGCUGCGAUUGUUGGGCCAAUACUUAGACAGGGAGAGAAGACUAUUGCACAGGAAAAAAUCGACAACGUUCACAUCGCCUACGAUUUGCUCGAGAUCUUUUUGGGCGAUCACGAUUAUGUGGCAGGGGACUCGCUUACCAUUGCGGAUUUGAGCAUUGUUGCGCAUCUUGCGUCCCUAUCGGGCCUAAUACCUAUCGCGCAAAAUAAAUAUCGUAGACUUUCGAAGUGGAUGCAUCGAAUGCAGCAGUUGCCUUACUACGAGGAAGCCAAUCAAGUUGGUUCAGAUAAAUUGGUCGGUUUUCUUCAAAGUAAACUCGUCUAAUUAUUAACUCUUUAAAAUACAGAUUUUAUUUAUUUA